AUGUCGAACUGGAAUUCGCCGCGCAGAAUGCUCUUCACCACCAUCUGGGCUCUUGACCCAAGAGCGUUCGAGGAGAUCCAGCAAAAGAUCAAAGAAGCUUAUCCUGACACCGAGAUUCACUUUGAAUAUCUCCGAGAGUCCGAGACCCUGAUCAUCAGUGGCGUCUCCAGCGAUGACUUUGAAGUCCGAAGUACAAGCUUGUUAGCUGAAUACAUCAGUGUCCAUCAGACAGAUGAUUUUGCUGGGGCCCCUCGUAUUCAUCGCAUCCAAUCCUCGAGUUCCCUUCGAUUACCUGUCGUGCGCGCCCCCGAUGGAGAUGUCCCUGAACAUCCAAGUCAGGAGCCAUUGCCACGCUCUGCCAAUGCUCCAAUGCACCAUACACACUGGAAGCCCGAUCGCUGUGGAAUCAAUGAAUUCCACCGUGAUGCAUACUCUCUGUUGCCUCGUAUCGGAAGGGACGACGGCAUCAGUAUCGAGUGCAAUGACCGCGAAGCUGGAGUUCUCAUCAAGGCACCGGAUAUCAAACACAUUGACAGAGCGGCUGGGAAGCUUUCUACACUUGAGGAAUGCAUGGGCCUCAUGGUACACCCCAUUCAAGGCUUGAUGUUCAUCGGUCCUUGCGUUGACCUUGAAAACACCAACAUUAACAUCCUCAACUACUCCGAACUGAGUGCAACAGCCCUAUGGCGUGCUCUGGCUAGUGGUGUUCCCGCCGAGAUUCUCAACAACAUGUCGACUGUGGUAAUAGGCGAGUUCGACGAGGAGAAGAAUCGAUUCCGGCCAAUGCGCAAACUUCGCCAUCCACCGCAUAUCAAUGUCAACCGGAAAUCAAGCGUCAUUCAAGAUUGGGAUGACUUUAUCUUCCCCGAGAUUGGUUCCAACAACAGCUAUGCAGACGAUCGCUAUGUCCACUCGCAUCUUCCAUCCGAAUCUCAGGUUUCUUCCGCUUCAACCAGUACUUCUCACCAGUACCUCACCCGCAAAAAGGCAUUCGACAUCAGCGAAUGGGUUGAUAUCGGCGAGGAGAACAGCUCGGACUUCGAAAACCAACGAGUUCCUGAUGAGCUCUCCACUGCCGAGAAUGAUCCCAAGCUACUGGCGCCCCUUGAGAACGAUGUUCCCCAGAUAGACUGCGAUACAUUUGCCUCGUCUGCAAUGAACAUCAUGACUCAGACCUUUGAAGAAAAUUUCAAAGCACUCGAAUCUCUCGCUGCAUCAAUUCUGCCAAAAUUGAUUGAUACUGGUGACGCAGAUGGUAACCCUUCUGGGGCCAGCUCAAGCAGCGUAAACUUCGCUGUCCGGCAAGUCCAGGCCACCAUUGCUGCCAGAGCCCUUAUGGGCAUUGAUCGCACUCCUAGCGAAGUGCUAUUUGACAGCUUUGCUUCGCCCCCUGCGAGUCCUUAUUUCAGUGUCGCUUCUUCGCAGAGUGACUAUCAAAUUGGCAUGAACUAUCUGCGCAAUUAUGUUGGCAUUCACUCUGAUGUCAGCAACAAUUCCAAGACUCACUCUAUGAUGACUACCGACAAUGGGGACGGGGAAGCACCCCGUAUUCAUACGGACCUGGAAGGUCUUCGUUGGGAGUUUCCCCCUACUACGGGUGCUGACAUCUGGGAUGGGAAGAGGAUCGACAGCCCCGGCUCCACAGAGCAGCUGGCCAACAAGGACUCAACUGAGUCGCAAGACUUGGGGAGUAACGGUCUUUUCCUCUCCCCUGGCAGCUUGAAUGGAACAGAGGUUUAUCAGCAGCCUAGUACUAAUCCCCAGAUUCAUCUGGAGAGCUUUGGACAAGCCAUCGCCAAUCAGCAGGCUACCAUUGACAGGCAAGAAAGUGCGCUCGACUCCUUCGGUCCUGAACAAUUGCAGGAGAGGAUCACCGCUGCACGCAAAUUGAACGCAGCUAUCCUGGAGAAAGAGGAACCUGCAGACCCCGUUCAGGUUCUUUUUGCGCUUUUGAGACCAACCCUCGUCACUGCCACCUCUUUCCCCGGCGCAAUGAGCCUGGAGUUCCAGCUCGGUCUUCACACGAUCUACGGCAUGCAGAAAUUUGCCAGACAUCCCAAGUACAGCUAUGCAGAGCUACAGUCUCUUUUCUUUCCUCUCAACCGAGCGGAGAAGCGGCCACGCACGGCAUUCUUCAAGCGAUUGACUACGUCGCCAGCCGACAUCGACCACAUCAUCAGUCUUCAGGUCAACCAGACUCGAAUCUUCGAUGACGAGAUCAACCGACAGUGCAUCAAGUAUGAGUUCCACUGCCACGCCGACAAGAAGCGCAAGAUCAUCAUCUCAGUCGAUGAACGCGGGAAUUCCAUAAUCCGCUACCCAGAAGUCAACCUCGGCUCUGUGCACCUCAAUUUCCCCGGCCAGGUCUGGGAUGCAUCAGCCAACCUAACAGGGGCCAUUAAUUACGCGGCCGGAGUUGACCUGGAGCUUGACAAGAUCGCGCGCACCAUGGUGAAGAGCAUCUGGGUUGAACCCCACUCCCGCCUCCAAUUCCUCUUCCACCCUCCUAAGUCCAGAAUUACGAUUGACAAGAUCGUUCUGGAGCGGUGGACCCGUCACCAGUACGACCAGGAAGAUGCCCACGGCAUCCACCUGCAGAUCAAGGAAACCCAAGAACUGUACGCCUCGGUGUCAGUUAGGGAUUCCGAGAUCAUGGUCGUGCAGGCCGGCUCGCGUGAGCAAAUGCUCCGCGACGGUACUCAAUGGUGGCGGGCUUCAUUGAUCAGUGCUUCCGUGGAGAAGAUCCUGUCCUCAAACCAGAGGAUAGAUCCCGGCACUGUCAAUGAAGAGUGGAAGCCGGAGGACGUCCUCGGUAGGGUGGCCGGCUCUGGCCUUCGGGCCUUGUUCAAUGUUGGCAAGAAAGUGGUAGAGGGCAUUGAUGCCGUGGGAUUCUGGAACAAGGGCCCUGCCUCUCUCCUAAGCCGGGGGGCACUGGACGAGUUGAUCGCGUCCAGUGAGGGUGAGGGGGUCACUGACCUCAGCUCCCUGGAGGUGGGUGCUGACUGCGAGGGGGUCCCAGUCUCAUACCUAAUCUGA